CGUAACCAAUUUUCAAAGGAAACAAACGCCACCAUACCGGUCUAGUUCGAACGGGAGAGAGACUCCCACACUCCACACUCACUCUACACUCCAACUUCUAUAGUCCUAUCUAUACUUGCUUGCUCCCACACUCCAACUCAUAAAUCCAAAACCCGCCAAAAGAAAAGAAAAGAAAUUCCAAAAACCCAAUCACAUUCAAACUCUCUCUGAACCCAACGGCCUUCCAGUUCCAUUCCAAUUUCCAAUCCGCUAGGUUUUUUUUUUUUUCAUUUCACAGUGAGCACUCAGAAAUGGCUUCCCACACCCUCUCGGCGAUCCCAAUCUCUCAAUCUUGUCACCGACUCACUUCCGAUUCUUCUUCUUCUUCUCUCACUCUUCCAUGGCGUCUCAACCUUCAUAACAAUUUGGUCAGCUCUCUAAUCGGGAAUAAGCUCUCCAUUCAACCCUCCACUUCCAAACCUCUCGUCUCCAAGCAUCGCCCGCCCGUCGCCACCGUCCUCUCCAGCCUCCCAACUCGGAAGCCAGAAGGGGCUUCUUCUGAGAAAACCCCAAAAUGGUCGGCGCGGGCGAUAAAGUCGUUUGGGAUGGCGGAAUUGGAGGCGAGGAAGAUCAAGUAUCCGAAUACUGGGACCGAAUCGCUUCUCAUGGGGAUUUUGGUUGAGGGAACAAGUAUAGCUGCAAAGUUUUUGAGGGCUAAUGGAAUCACACUUUUUAAGGUGCGAGAAGAAACUGUCAACUUACUUGGAAGAUCUGACAUGUAUAAUUUUAGCCCUGAGCAUCCUCCAUUGACUGAACCGGCUCAGAGGGCACUUGAUUGGGCUGUUGCUGAGAAAUUGAAGUCAGGUAGUCUUGGGAUUCUAUUUAUCAAAUUUCUGGAUUUCAUGAUUAUGCUGUAUUGUGAUUUCUGCAAAUUUUAACUUUAAAUAAGGUUUGAAAUUUUCCUUGAUAUUUUUUCUUUUACUAAGGAUGAUGUACAAAGAUGGUUGCUGUAUAUCAUGAAUUGUGCAAAUUAACAUUAAUCUUGUGGUAUUCUUAAAGGUGAGAUUGAUCAUAGUAGAAAGUCAUAUCCAGCCUUGUGGAAUUUUACUUCAAAGUUUAUAUUGGAGACUUAAUUGACAUGCAAGUGAGACUAUUGCAAGGUCACGUAAUUCUAUUGGACUCACUAUUUUUGGUCUAUCAACUCAAUUUUAACUUGCCUAGGGUAUAAAACUAAAAGUUUACUGCCAUGUUGGAAGCAAUUAUAGAUUAUAGAAAAUAUUGCAUUUUAGACCCUAUGUCUGAUGUGGAUGUUGUGGAGGGAACAUAACCGGCUUAGUUUUGAAUAUGUGGAAUGUUCAGUGACUCAAUUGCACUCUUUGUUGAUUAGGACCUUGUUUGACUGGUCCCAACUGUCGGAUUUUACUCAUAGUAAUUCCAUUGUUGAGUUCAAGGAGUCUUUAUACUUCUAUACAUGAUUAGUUAUUAUUUGUAAUUCUUUAGGCUCCUUUGUGUUUUUGGCUGGCACGUGAAGUAGUAGUUUCUAUAGUUAGGGGUAUAACAAAUUAUUCUUACUUCUUUGAGCUAUUAUAUUCAAGUAGAAGGCAUGAUGGCAUAGUAGAAAGAUUGAGGUGGAAGUUGAAUAGAUACGAGCCAUUUAUUGGUUGGUCAUGCUAUGUGUCCUUGAGAGGGGAAUUUUGUAGUGAAGUUUACUUGGAAGGCCAUUUGGAAAGUAGCACACCUAUGAGAGUCCCAUUUUUGUUUGGAUUGCAGCUUGGGGGAAAAUUAUAAUAGUGAAUAAUCUUUUAAAACACAAUAUUGUGAUUGUGUAUUGGUGUUGCAUGUGUAAGAAUAAUAGGAAAAUGUAGAUAAUUUGCUCCUUCAUUGUGAGAUGGCUGCGGAGAUGUGGAAUUUUGCUUUUGUAAUAUUUGGUGUGGGGUGGGUGAUGCUGAGACUGGUGUGUGAUUUGCUUAUGUGUUGAUUUGCUUCGAAUUCUUUGUUUCCUUGGAAGGGUGUUUGGAAACCAAAGAUUCCUAGGCGAGUGGCGUUCUUUUUGCGGACAGCUACUCAUGGUCGGAUCCUCACUUUGGACAAUCUAAUGCUUAGGGGUUGCCCGUUGGCUACUUGGUGUUGUAUGUGUUGUUGUGAUGGGGGGUCAGUAGACCAUCUUCUUCUUCAUUGCCCUAUUACUCAUUCCCUUUGGACUUUUAUGCUUCAGGCCUUUGGUAUUCAUUGGGUUAUGCCAGGAUCAGUGGCGGGUUUGUUAUCUUGUUGGCAUUAGUGGCUCGGGAAACAUAAUUCAGACAUCUGGAAUUUGGUUCCAAGGUGCUUAAUGUGGAUUGUGUGGUUGGAAUGAAAUCGUCGUUCCUUUGAGGAUAAUGAGAAGACAUUGGACGAGUUAAAAGUUUUAUGCCAACGUAGUCUUUGGGAGUGGUCUCGGUGUUGGGGUUUUACUGAAUGUUCUUCUCUCUCUGAGUUUAUGUCUUCACUUAGCUUAGUUUCCUGAUUUCUUGUUUUGCUUUGUUGUUUGUUUUUUUCUUCUUGUUCAUCAUCAUGAACAACUUGUACUUUUCUUUUCUUUUUUCUCUUUAUUAAUAAAUUUCUGAUUACCUAUCUAAAAAAAAAAGAAAGGGUGUGGAAUGUUGUGCCUUUUUGCAUCUUUUGGAACAUUUGGAGUGAGAGAGACAGAUGAAUGUUCAAGGGGCAAGAACGCCUUUGAGGAGAGAAUAAAAGUCUGAGUUAUUAGUUCUUUGUUUUCUGGGAUAUUCCUAGACGACAGUUGAGUUUGUCUCCUUGAACUUUAUGUACAUUUAUUUUUCAUUGUAAUAUAUUUCCUCUUAUUGAUCAAUAGUGAAGAAGUUGUGUUUAACUCAUUUCUCUGUGAUUUACCUUAAUUUUCUUAUUUUUUGGAACUCAAAUAAUCUGAAUUGAGCCAUGAUAUUAAUUUCAUUGCAGAUUUUCAGGAAUGUAUGUUUACUACUUGAGUUUGUCUACCCUCUCUGCCUUUUGUUGCUCACCAAUGCCUUUUAAUGCUAUCAACGCUUACUUGUGUAACAAAUAUUUGUGAUUGAUAGUGUAUCUAUGUGUGAUUAUGACUUGUCCCUUAGCAUUGCUCUUUCAAGUAUGGGAGAAUGUAAUUACCAUGUUUUGUAGACUCAA